AUGCCAUCCCAGACUUCGGUCCCCCAACGUCGAAGUCACGAGGAUUCCGACGAGGAUGACUCCGACUCAUCCCACCCCACCUCAGGUCCCAAUAUCAAGCGCCAACGCCUGAGCCCCACGGAGGAAGCCACGAGGGGGGGCAACGAUAGUAAUGACGAUGACGACGACGAUGACGACAACCAGAGCGAAACAAGUGAGGACAUGGAUGCUGCAGGCGCAAGAGCUAUCGCUCAGCAGCCAGUUGUUGACCAUGGAGUCGGCCCGGGAGGUUACAAGCCGGGUGCAAUUGUGCGCAUCAAAGUGACCAAUUUUGUGACCUACACCUCGGCGGAAUUCUUCCCUGGUCCCAAGUUAAACAUGGUCAUUGGGCCCAACGGUACGGGCAAGAGUACCUUGGUCUGCGCGAUUUGUCUUGGUCUCGGAUGGGGUCCUCAGCACCUCGGACGCGCAAAAGAUGUCGGCGAAUUCGUCAAACAUGGCUGCUCAGAAGCGAAAAUCGAGAUCGAGCUUGCUGGACGACCAAAACUGUCAUUCAACCCGGUGAUCACCCGCACAAUCAAACGCGACGGAAACAAAAAUGUAUACACCUUGAACAGGGCCCCUUCUGGAUGGAAGGAAGUUCGCAAGCUAGCACAAUCAUUUGCGAUCCAGGUCGACAACCUCUGCCAGUUCCUGCCUCAAGACAAAGUCUCCGAGUUUGCAGCUUUGACACCCAUCGAACUUCUUCACUCGACACAGCGAGCAGUAGCUGGGCCGGAGAUGGUAGAAUGGCACAACGGCCUCAAAACUUUCCGCAGCGAGCAAAAGCAAGUCGAGAUAGACAGUCGCGCGGACCGGGAAAUGUUGAAAAAUCUCGAGGACCGACAGGAAAGUCAGCGAGAGGUCGUGCAAAGGAUGCGCGAGCGAGAUGUCAUCAAGCAGAAGAUGGAACUCCUUGAAUUUAUACGCCCCGUAGUCGAAUACAGAGACUACCACGCUGAGUUCAUAGCGUUGAAAGAAAGGAAGGCCGCUAUUGACCAGGCCUAUGAUCGACUCAAGUUGGAAGUCGAACCCGCGUUGCGAUCUAUCAAUGCGAAGCAAGAAUAUUCCGAACAAAUCACCGCUGCGAAACAGCAUCGCAAGGAGCAGGUGGAGAAGUUGUCAAGGAUAGCUGAAACGCGCGGGAAGAAAAUUGAAGACUUGAAAGGCUCUAUCAAAGCACUGGAUAACGAUAUCGAGGCAGAACGAAAGUCGGGCCAAAAGCACAAACAAGAGGCCACAAAUGCAUCGCAAACGAUCGCACGACUGAAAAGGGAGUAUGAGGAUGAACCUGUGGAGUUUGAUCCCGACCACUACAAUGAACGACUGAGAGAGAAACGACUUGAAAAGCGUGAGCUUGACGCCAAGGCAGAGGAAAUGAAAGCACGGAGGGCCCCAUGGCUCGAGCGAGGAAAGGCUCUGAAGUCAAAAAUCGCGGAAUCUGAACAACAAUUGGAACACUUAGAUUCAGCGAUCGGAAAACAAGAGUUCAAGUUGAAAUUGACAAAUUCGAACACGAAAUCUUUGGGCCCCCCCAUGGUGACCUGCUCUGUGCCUGAUCCAAAGUAUGCCGAUGUCAUUGAAUCCCUUUUCCAUAAGUCCGAUUAUACGGUUUUCACAGUGCAGAGCCGGAAUGAUUUCCGCACGCUCCAGAGGAAUAUCGCCGAACAGAAGCUUGCAGAUAUCAGUAUCAAAACAUGUUCCCAACCACUUGGCCACUUUACCGCGCCUGACUUCGAUAUUCAAAGUCUUGGAUUCGAUGGAUGGGCCAAUGACUUUCUGACCGGGCCCGAUCCAGUUAUUGCCAUGCUUUGUAUGGAGAACCGACUGAAUCAAACACCGGUUGGCCUGCGUGAAAUUUCCGAGGAAGCUUUUGCGCAGAUGGAAAACGGUUCUCUCAAUUCGUGGGUAUCUGGCAAGCACAGUUAUAACGUCACUCGCCGCCGAGAGUAUGGUCCUGGUGCCCAAUCAACUCGUGUUCGCCAGGUCAAGCCUGCGCAGGCCUGGACCGCAAAGCCUGCAGAUGCAUCUGUCAAGCAACGGUACCUCGAUGAUAUCCGCCAGAGCAGAGAAGAGCUCGCCGAGCUCCAGGCCAAGGUGGUUUCAGACAAAGCCGCGGCGGCUGAACUUAUAGCUGAUCACAGGCGAGUUCAAGAUGAAUACGAUAAUAUCGAGAGCGAGAAGUCUGAGAAGCAGACUGCACAUACAAAUUGGCGGUCCAUUCCCGAUAGACUUGUCCAGCACGAGCAGAGGCAAAAGACAUUCACCGAUCUUUUCGAAAAAGUAAGAGAACGGGUGUACGGCCACCGAAAUAGGCAGGAUGAAAUCUCCAUCGAAAGGGCUAAGGCUACAAUAGAAUACUCCGAUGCUGCCGAGAAACUUCGUCAAGCCUACGAGGAACUCAUGAAAGCUGAGAUGCGACAUCUGGAAGCGAAUUCUGAUCUUCAAACCCUGAAAAUCCGAGAGAGUGAUGUUACGAAAAUGCUCGAGGAGAAACGCCUAGAGUCCGUUCAGGUUUCCAACGAAUACAAAGAAGGAACCAAAAAGGGAAGAAUUAUGCUAGCCAAGGCAAAGCAGACUACCAGUGCAAUCAAAGAGAAAGAGGGCGGGGCUGAGCUCCUCGAUUCAAUCAGGGAAGAUGGUUACAACACAGACCAACUCAAUGCAGACAUUGACUCUAAAAGAGCCGAGCUAGAAUUCACCCAUGGUGGAAACGAGAGUAUGAUCCAAGAGUUUGAGCAACGCGAGCGCCAGAUCGACAAGCUACAGAGCAAACUUGGUGAGUUGAACAAGAAGCUGAGCGACUACAGCGAGGCCAUCAACGAACUCCGCCAAAAAUGGGAGCCAGUGUUGGAUGCCCUCGUCAGCAAAAUCAGUCACGCUUUCUCCGACUCAUUUGCACGCAUCGGCUGUGCCGGCCAAUGCACUUUGGAAAAGGUGAGAACCGAGGCUGGGCCGAACAACGACCCUCCCGCCGAGUAUGAGUAUGAUCAAUGGGCGAUUGAAAUCCACGUCAAGUUCCGCGAAAGCGAAGAGUUGGCACUCUUGAAUGCUUAUCGUCAAUCCGGUGGCGAGCGAGCCGUCAGCACCAUAUUCUACCUAAUGGCUCUGCAAUCGCUCUCAGCCUCGCCAUUCCGCGUCGUCGACGAGAUCAACCAGGGUAUGGAUCCUCGAAAUGAGCGCAUGGUGCACGGUCGCUUGGUUGACAUUGCGUGUGCGUCGAGCAAUGGAGAAACAGACGAGGAAGGCAAUGUCAUCGGCGGCGGCGGCGGAGGUCAAUACUUCCUCAUCACGCCGAAGCUGCUCAACGGACUGUCCUAUAAGCCCGGUAUGCAGGUGCUUUGUAUCUACAGUGGUGAACAUAUGCCCGAGAACUACGCGAAACUGAACUUUGGCCUGGCGAUUCGAAACAUGAAAACGAUCGUUGCGGAAAGCGGAAGGUCGACUGGCAAGAAUCAGGCCCGAGCCAUCGCAGACCCUCACCAGGUGGAUGUUUAUACCUAG